AUGGCACCUAAAGAGACAGAGUGCCUGCUAGAGGUUGCACAGUCGAAAAAUAUUCCCAGCAGCGUUUCCUCUGCUGAACCACAUGUGAUCAGACCUAAGGUGGGCGCGCGUCUUUCUCGUGAAACACAGGGAAUUUUGAGACAAUGGUUCAAUGCUCAUAGCGACCAUCCAUAUCCGGAUGAUGCGACCAAGGAGGCAUUUCGCCGCUUAACCGGUCUCAGCAAGACGCAGCUUAGUAACUGGUUUGCUAAUGCUCGCCGACGGUACGAGUCGACUACAUCAUCGGUCCAGGCGCCUAAAUCUAUUGAUAUUCCGAAAAGACCAGGAACACCUCAGCCCCAACAAGAAGCAUUCAAUCCAAUGCAGAGAUGGAUUGAUUCGCCGCCCGAUGAUGAACCUGCUCCCAUUUCCGCUAUUGUCCGUGCAAUGGCCGAGUCCUCGUCCAACCCAUUCCCUUUGAAUGAUGCGUGUGGCCCCACAUUAUACCAAUCUUCCAUGAGCAGCGCCGGGACUCCUGGGCAAAGUUCAAGUUCUUCUGCGUGGUCUGGUGGCUCUAGCACCCACCAAGGACUGACUCGGCAUCGUGUAAGACGUAGAAAACGAGCCAAAGGAAAGCCGCAACCUUCAAAGCCGACCCCAUUCGAAUGCACCUUUUGCACCGAAAGGUUUCACAAGAAAUACGAUUGGCAGCGCCAUGAAAAAUCGAUUCACUUGGGUCUCGAACGAUGGCUUUGUCGUGCCGAAACGUCUGAGUCGUUGCAUCCCGAGAGUGGCAAACCAUGCUGUAUCUUUUGCAGUCAAGAGGAACCAGGCCAGGAGCACAUCCAAGAUCAUAAUCCACUGUCUUGUCAAGAACGCAUUUUCAACCGUAAAGACCAUCUAAGACAACAUCUCCGCUUAGUCCACCGGGCAGAUUUUGUUCCAUGGUCUAUGGAUUCCUGGAAAGACACUAUAUCUGAGGUCAGUUCCCGCUGUGGGUUCUGUGGUAUCUCUUUCAGCACAUGGCAAGCUCGAAGUGAGCAUAUCGCGGAACAUUUUAAGAUGGGCCAGACGAUGGCGGCUUGGACAGGUGACUGGGGGUUUGACAAAGAGGUUUCCGAAAUGGUAGAAAAUGCUAUUCCACCAUACCUCAUUUGUACCGAGCGAAACUCUCCCUUUCCAUUUCAAGGCAGCAAUGCUGCGGCAAGUUCCCCAUGUUCUGCCUACGAGCUGAUAACCUUGGAGCUAAUGCAAUUUGUGGAAACCUACCAUGAAGAGAACGCAUCAAUGCCUACUAACCAAAUACUUCAGCUUGAGGCCUGUCGCAUCAUCUUCGCCUCGGAGACCAUGUCGACACUCGAUUCCUCCCAUCAUGACCCUCCGUCUUCAUGGCUACGUGAUGUCAUUAUGUCAAAUCAUGAUAUUGUUGAACAGGCACUCUUUGGUCCAAUCCGAUCAAGACAGCAUAACAGACUGCCUUCUUUAGAGGUUAAAGGACAGCUCAGUCUUUUUGACAACUGCCCUCUUGAGUUGGGUUUACAUGUGUUUGUCGAAUGUCAGCGAAGCUCUGGCCGCAUCGACAUUUGGGACGCUGAGCUGCAGCAAGAGGCUUGCAGGAUAAUAAAAAAUGCCAAGGCGCCUACCGUACAGCCAUCAUAUAAGACGGUAUUGGCCUGGUUAACCGACAUGAUACUUCGAUCUCCAGAUUGGCUGUUGAGCUUUAGACAGCGUAUGGCCCUCCUUCCCGAUAUGCCACAACCACGCCUCGGUUUAAAGCAGAACGAAGGCGUCAUUGGAUUUAUGGAAGACACAAACUUGAUGGAUCUUAGCACUGUGGUCUUGCAACAAGAUCUGCAUGAGAUAAACACGGCAACCUCUGACUUUCCGCAACAAAAUGUUAUGACAACUGAGAACAUUUCAAACAGUUCGAUAGAUUUUGGCACAGACCAGUCAUUUUGGGCCGAGAUGAGCCCCUAUAUGCUAAAUGAUGCCAACUUCCAUGAGAAACUUGGAAAAGAGCUGGGCCGAUGGGUGGCAUCUACAAUGUCCCCACGGAACCCAAGAAGCCACGUGCCAACAGAUGAAGAGUUGCGGCAUCAAGCUAGAUGGAUUGCCUAUGGAGAUGACGAUCCGUGGAAUCAAACUCAUGCUGAUAAUCCUGAGUGGUUACAGCGCUUCAAAGACUCUGUGGGACUGUAG